AUGGACAUACCAACCCUGAACCGAUGUCCGGGCUACAAUCUCUACAUUGGUGGAUUCAUAGCCUUACGGCGUCCAAAGGCUCUCCAGAACUGCCACAUCACGCACAUUGUGUCGGUGAUGGACUGGAAGUUUGAAGAGGAUAAUGCUCUAACACGAGGCUUUCAACACCUUCACAUCCCAGUUGACGACGUUGAGGAUGAGAAUCUUCUCCGCUAUUUUCCACAGGCGGUCGAUUUCAUCCACAAGGGGUUGAAGCACUGGCAACCCGACAAACCAAUCAACAAUGUCACAGAUCUUUCGUCUGGAUCAGAGGACGUUCAUCAAGGCAGCGGGGUUCUGAUACACUGUGCCAUGGGCAAGUCCCGCUCCGCCACCGUCCUGCUUGCCUACCUCCUAUGGCUAUCACGCCAAUCACGCUCGACCUCCCCUACCGACAAUGACAACGACGGCGUCGCCCUGCCACCGGAGCCACUUUCUGUCAUUGACGCCCUAACCCUCCUUCGCCGUGGCCGUCCUAUCGCCGAACCCAACGAAGGGUUCAUGGACCAGCUUUACCUAUACGUCGACAUGGGCUGCCCCACGACAUCGACUGAGCUCGAAUCUCACAAACUCUACCGCCGCUUCAUGAACAAGCGCAACGUCGCUGAAUCCCUCGCUACCAACCAGGCCCCCGAUGUAGUCGACAUUCUCUUUGAAGAUGAGGACGACGAUGCAGCCACUGACGAGCCGCCUUCAUCACGCAUGGCGAAGCUCACCACCACUGACGCCGACAAUAGCGCCCCCAAAGAUUUUGCCGAAGUGGUGCCCGGCGUGUCCGCACCAACCGGUGCCCCUCUAGACGCUGGCAGCGCCAACACCCCCAAGAGCACGACGCAAGUCCGCUGUCGCCGUUGCCGCACCAUUCUCGCCUCCACUCCGCACAUUGUUGAUCACAAGCCUUCGCGUAGCGACCCGGCAAGUCAGCCAUGCGCGCACAUCUUCCUGCACCCGCUCAGCUGGAUGAGGGAAACGCUCGCCGAGGGACAGCUGGACGGGCGGCUCAGCUGUCCGACCAAGACGUGCGGCGCCAAUGUGGGCAAGUUCGCAUGGCAGGGUCUGCGGUGCAGUUGUGGCGGGUGGGUAACGCCAGGCUUUGGAGUCGGCCGGGCGAGGGUGGACGAGGUAGAGGUAAACGCCAGUGGGCCGGGCCGGACUGAUGGACAGCAGCGAGGUGUGGGCACAGGCAGAGUGGGAGGUGCGGGCAUCCGUCUGCCGCCGGGGAUGCGGAGAGAUGGGAAUCUAUGA